GUGCCUCACCACCAAGCCCCUCACUUCACCUAGCCGCUGCCGCUCCUGGGAGCCAUACAGCGCCACAAAGUCCCUCAAGCUCGCCGGCGAAGGCGAACGCACCAUUACUGCCUACUUCAGGAACUCUGAGGCUGAUGAGAACCCCUGGGGCCCUGCAACCGCAAGCAUCCUGGUCGACCGCACCGUCCCCAGGAUGCCCGCCAAAGCCAUCAACCUAGCUGGCAGGUUCAGCGGCGGCAACAGCACUGGCAACCUCACCAUCACAUUCAUUGCGGCCGCGACCGACAAUCCCACCAAAAAAAUCAAGGGCUCUGGUGUGAAAGAUUACCUCCUGGUGUACAACUCCCAAGGGGACGUGCCAGCAGCCAAGUGCGCGGGUUCGUCUGCUACCACCAGUCUUCCCAUCACGUACUCGGCAGGCGGCAAGACCGGCACUGCGACGGUGGCAGUCCUUGCAGGGGACGUCAAAAAGUACAGGUUCAGGCUCUGUGCGCGCGACAACGUGGGGUUGGUCGCAUCCGGCCUGACCCUUGUUGUCAAGCCUCAGUAA